AUGCUGGGCUUUGUGUGUAUACCACAAUCGGCGAAUUUAGUAUUCAUUUGGGGUAACGUGGAUAUGAUGACCGAAAACCUGGCGACCGCUAAUAUCCCAGUCGCGAAUUCUUUCAUGAAAGCAUUCACCAUCUGGCGUAAAAGGAAAGUUUUGAAGCUGCUGGUCAACUUCUUCUAUCAAGAUUGGUAUACAUCAAAAACGUCUGACGAAAGAACAAUUAUGCUGAAGAAUGCUAAACUUGUGAGAAAGAUAUCCAUAUGGUGCACAAUAUUAACCCAGACCUUACUAAUCAUUUAUAUCGUUCUAAAGAUUUCGGCGAUCAUAUUUUCACCUGGUGACUCGGCUCGUCCCAUGAUUUAUACAGCCUAUUUUCCUUUCGACGCUACCAAAAGCCCAAUUUUUGAAUUGAUUUGUGCAUGCCAGAUUUUAUCUGCUUUUAGCGGAACGGUUGCUUAUACCGGUAGCGACAGUUUCAUUUCCAUGCUAGUGAUCCAUGUCUGCGGCCAAUUCGAAAACUUGCGCGAGAAGCUCAAAAAUCUCGUUAACGAUCCGAAUGGAGUAAAAACGUCUCAAGAGUUCAAGAGUGAACUGAGACAAAUUGUAAUGAGACAUGAACAUUUAAACUGGUUUGCAAAAACAAUUGAGGAUUCCUUCAACAUGAUAAUGCUAAUACAGAUGCUUUCUUGUACUGUUCAAUUAUGCUUUCAAGGGUUCCAGGUAUUUAGGAUAUUAAUAAACAAAGAAGAAAACGAAUCGAUAACCUUCCAAUUAAUUUUUCUGAGCAUUUUCGUAGGAUUUGUUCUAGUUCACUUGUAUAUUUAUUGUUACGUCGGUGAAAUGCUGCUUGUUCAAAGUACUGAGAUAGGAUUCUCUGCGUACGAAUCGAACUGGUUUAAUGUGCCAGGAAAGGAAGCUAGAAAUCUUUUACUUAUAAUACAUAGAUCAACAGUACCUCUUUGCUUAACUGCUGGGAAAUUCAGUACAUUUUCUUUACAGAUGUUCAGCAAGAUUGUAAAAACUUCACUCGGUUAUCUUUCAGUAUUACUUACGGUAACUGAACGGAAAGAAUAA